CAACAGUAGCAUUGUCAGCACGAGACGAUACAAUGGCGCCUUCGUUGCACAUCUCUGCCGGCCCAGACGCCAAGGCACUUCAACCAAUUGCAGUCAACCACGAUGACAUCCCGCUAGAGAUCAACUCUCCUCAUUUCCACGGCCGAGCAACAGUUCGCAUUAAGAACUUCACAGGCGUAGACCCACCAUCCGUCACCCACCAAUCAGACUCCCCUUACUUCAACGCAACGCAUCGCAAAGGGAUCACCUGGUCCAUUCAGCUGCAAGGCCGUUUUCUCCACGAGGUCAAUACGGACGACGUCGUCUUUGGCAAUCAGUUUGACAAGCCCAUCAAGGACCAUCUACCAUAUGGUACGUCCGUGGCGUUGCAAUUUGCCAAGAUUGUCGACCCAAAUCUGCAGCAUGACCUGUACUGCGAUACGCCCUGGGCCUUCAGUCCGCUCGUGGCGACAAUGACACAUUUCAAUGUGCAGCGCCUCGAGAAGGAGGCGUUGAGCGAGAAGGGUGGGACAGCAAAGGAGGAGUUUGAAACAAAGGGGUAUCCAGGCUUCCCCUCUCCUCAGGCAGAUGGGGGAAAGGACACGCCAGCGGGCAAGGCAGGCUACGUGUUCGACAACACGUCCGCCCUUGUAGAGAAUGCCGCUCGAGACGACGAAGGCAAGCGCGUGUUGGCAGAUGAAUUCUCUUCUCUCAUGGACAACACUACCUUCCUCGGCCUCAGUUGGGGAAGCAGCGACUCAGACGACAAGGAGGACACGGAUGAUGCCGAGGCCUUGAAGGCACGGAAGCGCCUCUUUGGGGACAAGAAGAAGAGGCAAGCAAUCAAGUUCACACCGGAGGAUGUGUGGACUGCAGACUUUGACAACGGGUUCAUCGACUUCAAUACGUUGAGCUUGAGUCUGCCGUACGGUGGUUUGCAGUUUGAUUUGAAGCGCUAUUGGGAUGGACAGCCGGUGAGAUACGUCUGUAAGAAUCAGAAGACGGGCGACAUCUAUUUUGUGGUGCAAUUCACCAUCGAGGACCUCGAUGCAUGACCGUGGCAAGCAUAGAAUGGAAUAGAUAGUCUUUGUGACAUUGCAUUUCGAUGAUGUGCAGCACGCAGGAUUCUCCUUUGCUGCUUCAUCCUGCUGCGCAACGUUCCCAAAUGAUCGACUUCCUCGCACUACGCG